AUGGAUUUCCGCCUCGUCCCUCGAGGCACCGACUGGAACUACACGGGCUUCCUAACCAAGACAAUCGUCUACUCAGGGACAUUAGUCUUUUUCCUGGCGUCCUUCGCCUUAACGCUGAGCUCCAUCAUAAUCCCUAAAUGGGUCAGCUAUCACAGUGAGAAGCCUGCGCUCCACUAUUCCUACGGCCUCCACAAACGCUGCUCCUCCCUCACCGAUAUCUGUGAAAGCUUCCCUCAGCGCGAAGACUGCCAUGGCGAUGACCGGUACUUCUGCUCCAUGUGGCGCUCGGUCGGGUUCCUGAUGUCGUUCGCGGUCGUGCUCCAGGGCAUGAGCAUAGUGACGUAUAUGGUGAUUCUCUUGGGCGGAAAGCGGCUCCGUGAGAAUGGAUGGCGACUGCUUAGUCUGCUGAUCGUUAUGUCGGCGUUUCUACAGGCUGCGAGCAUGUCUAUAGUGGCAUACCUCUACGAUAAUGAAGAUCGGUUUUUCGUGGGCUGGAACCUCGAUGAGUCGUGGGUCUUUUGUACCGUUAGCUGGUGCCUCGGUAUUUUCUGUGCUGGCGCGAUCGUUGUCGCGGCUCAGAUUCUGCCCUCGGAGGGUGGGUAUGAGCUUAUCCCGGAUAAUGAUGCACUCAGGGUGGAUUCGUGA